GGGGAUCGCACGGCGCAGCGGGCGGGUGUCGCUUGUGCUGCCGCUGCUGGCCGGGGUGUCUGCGCCCCGCGCUCGGUGACCUCCUCACAAUGGCAGAUCACAUGAUGAUGUCAAUGAGCCAUGGAGUUAAUGGGCUCCAGAAUUACCGCAUGGGAAUGAAUGGGCUGCAGGGACCCCCCCAGCAUGGGCAGCAUGUGCUAAGGACUCUACCUACGACCAACCAGAUGAUGCAGUACGGAGGGGCCAGCAUGGAUGGGAGCAUGAGGCCAAGACCCAAUAUCAGUGGACAAAUGGGCCACCAUCAAAUGCCUAAUACUAUGAUGUUCAACAGUCCGAGCCAGCAGCAGCAAUACCUGGGGCCUGUGGGCACUCAGCAGCUUAUGGCCAGCAUGCACUUACAGAAACUCAACACCCAGUAUCAAGGGCACCCUCUAAUGGGCAUGAACAAUGGUCCCAUGGCAGCAGGUGCCCAGCAAUACAGAGUGGUGCCUAGUCAGCACCCUGGCAUGCAGCACAUGCCCUCACCAGCUCUGACCUUGAAUGGUAUGGACACUGAUCUCAUAGAUGAGGAGGUCUUGACGUCUCUGGUCCAGGAACUGGGUUUGGACCGGAUUCAGGAGCUGCCUGAGCUCUUCUUGGGACAGAAUGAAUUUGACUUCAUUUCAGACUUUGUCAGCAAACAGCAGCCCAGUGCCAUCAGCUGCUGAGGGGCUUGAGGCUCAGCCUUUUCCUUGUGGUGGCUUGAUUUUCCCCCCUUUCCCACCACCUCCCCCAAAACAAUCAUUGGAUGCUGAUGUCUUGCACUGGAUUGCUUUCUCUUUUCCAUGUGGGAGUUAUUUUUCUUGUUGGGGAAUGGGAGGGGGAGGCAGGUUCUGGUGACCCGGACAGAGUGAAGACGAAAUCUUGCUGUAGGAUCAUCCUAAAUGGCAUGAUCAAGUUUUUUCUUCAGCAGAAACAAUGGACUAAAAGUGAUGCUCAUGAGUUUCCAUGUCUAGGCUUCCAAGUGCCAGGGUAGAAGGACAGCGCGGUGCUGCUGCCAAUACUGGGCUUUUGUUCUAGGUUUUGGCAUUACCAGUGAAGUUCACAAACUUUAUUUGUGAUUGAAAUCCUGUAAUGGCUUGUGUGUCUGAACCUCCACUAUCUCACAUUGCAAAGAGGGGCUUUGGUUUGGGGUUUGUUGGUAGCUGGCUUUUUGUCUUAAAAUCAAAUCCCUUCCUUCCUCACAAUACUAUGAUGUUUAACAGGUCUUGAAUCUUCCUUUUCUACUUUGACUUGAAAAGGGAUCACUUCUCCCUCUAUCAGGUUAUUACUGUUUUUAUUGUCUUAGCUGCACAAAAUGUCUCUCUCCAGGGAAGGUGAUGUAUAUGUAUGUGCCUAAACCUCUGUAGAACUUGGAUCUUUUAACUUGUACAGCUAAUCAACUGUAAAACUACUAAGUGCUCAGACUAAUUCAGAUGUAAGGCUUAAAGCUGCAGUCAAGCUCCAUUUUCUCUGCCUCUGAAACCAAAUAAAAUCCAUGUAAUUAUGUA